AUGAACCUUGAAGAAUAUUUUGCAAGAACCGGGUAUAAAGGUUCCCUUGAAAAUCAAGAUCUGGAAACCUUAACUGAUAUAUUCCAGCACCACAUCCGUGCUGUUCCAUUUGAAAACCUCAGCAUCCAUUGUGGGGAGAAAAUUACUUUGGAGCUGGAGCAUGUUUAUAACAAAAUCGUGCGGAGGAAGCGCGGUGGCUGGUGCAUGGAAAACAACCAGCUGUUAGGCUGGGUCCUGAAAUGCCUGGGGUACGACGCCAGCUUUCUGGGAGCAUACGUGUUCAAUCCGCACAAAAACGCAUAUGCCACCAUCAUGACCCAUCUCCUAGUCAAGGUAGUUAUUGACGGGAAAGCCUACAUUGUUGAUGGAGGCUUUGGUGUAUCCUAUCAAAUGUGGCAGCCGAUGGAGCUUGUGUCGGGGAAAGACCAGCCCCAGGCGCCUGGUGUCUUCCGUUUCACAGAAAAAAAUGCCACCUGGUACCUUGAGAAAAUGAGACGGAAACAAUAUAUCCCCAAUCAAAAUUUCUCAAAUUCUGAUCUUCUAGAGAAAAAAGAGUGUCGGAAAGUGUAUAUGUUCAGUCUUGAACCACGGACAGUGGAAGAUUUCCGUUUCCAGUGUACGUACCUUCAGACGUCUCCAGAUUCUCUCUUUACGAAGAAGUCUAUCUGCACACUCCAGACCACUGAUGGCUUUCGAGCACUCAUCGGGUGGACGCUCACGGAGACCACAUACAAUUACAAGGAAAACAUGGAUCUGGUGGAAUUUAUAACCCUUAAAGAUGAAGAGGUGGAGAAGACACUGAAAGAGAAGUUCAACAUCACUUUAGAGAGAAAACUUAUCCCAAUUAAUGUCAAAGGAUUUUACACAAUCUAGAUGACUGGAAAAACCUACGAUAAUGCUACAUGUGUACUGUAUCUUCCAUGGUCUGCGCAAUCACUACUGCGAGAUUUUGGGAUCCUCUUGCAGGCGACUGAAGGAAAAAUACAUUAAUACCAGAUUAAAGUGAAUUUCACUCUGGGGAAAGGAGAAAAUCAGGGAUUUAAGACUCGUCUGUCAGGUAGAUAGAAUUAUUUUCUGUGAGAUGACUGCAGUUCAAUUUUUGGCACAAAUGUAGAGACUGAUUUGAAUCUGGUUAUAAACUUGGGUAAGAAAUAUGUCUGGGUAAUUUUGGAGUGCCUAUAGCACAUAAAUAGGAGUAAGGAUUAUUCAUUGUGAUAUGCUGCCAACACAUUUUCUAUGGUCAUUACAGGAAAAAAGUCAUCUGUGAGCUUUUAGACAAUGAAGUAUGCAUUUAAAACUUCAUUUUUCACAAGCUCUAACCACUCACUGCUCAUCUCAUUACCUUUAAUAUAGGUUGAACAAUAUUGCCAUCUUUGAAAGGAACAUUAGGUGUAAUUCUUUCACCAUCAUCCUUAGGUGAAAAUAUAGUACGAAAUGAAAAUUAUCAUCAUGUGCAUCCCUUUUGUCAUUACUGCAGUAAACUGCCCAAAGUAAUUUUUGGUAUGUAGGUAUUUUUCAGUUGAUGCAAACUGUAUGUAUUGCAGCAUUAUUGUGGCUGAUGGAUUCUGAGGAUGUACCCAACACUCUUUGCUUCUUAUAAGUAAUCACCGUAUAAAGGGGUGAAUGGUGCUUAAAUGUCUCAACUAGCUUAGAUUUACUUCUAUUCCAAAUGGGGUAGAAAUUUCGUAUUUUUAGUAUUGUAAGGUAUUUGUAUAACAAAGGUGAAAGAACAAUGAAGCUAACCCCACUUUAGCGUUAAUUCUACCCUGCUACCUCUUCGUGUAUAGCAAAUAUGAGGGUCCAUAUGACUAUACUAAAUGAUUAACACUUAGCACAAGAUCUUUAGUGUCACAAGUUAGUUUCUUCAUCUGUAUUAAAUUGAAAAAAAUAUAUAUAUCCAGGAGCUGACCAAAUCUAAAGGAACUCCUUCCUUUAAAAGUUAUUGUAGAAUUGCAUUUCCACAUUAAAAAAAAAAAAAAGUUUCCCCCACCAUACUUUUCUGCAAAAA